AAACAUGAAUUCAAGGGGAAUAUUUCAUAGAAGAUCGUGCCAUGUUCAACAACGUGGAAUUUGUGUUACACUCGUAUUAUUAAGUUUAAUUAUUGGUACGAUACUUUUCGCAUAUACUGCAUUGGCAUCAUCCGUUGACGAGAACGAUACUAUCGAACAGGUGUCAUUCCUUUUCCGACACGGUGAUAGAACACCAUUACACACAUACCUUGCAGAUCCAUAUAUAAAUUAUUCAUGGCCCGGUGGUUGGGGUGCUCUUACGACGAAAGGAAUGCGUCAGCUUUACAACGUUGGAAAAUGGAUACGCAAAACUUAUGGUCCCAUAGUUGGUUUUAAAUACAACAGCUCGAUUGUAUAUGUUCGUAGCAGUGAUUCCGAUCGUUGCAUCAUGUCGGCACAAACAUUGCUAGCUGGAUUAUAUCCACCAACGGUCGAAGAAAUAUUUGUACCAAAUAUGCCAUGGCGUCCUAUACCAGUUCAUACAAUACCAAGAGAAUUGGAUGAUUUGAUAACGGUUAAAGCCUAUUGCCCAAAUUUAGAAAACGCAUUGAACCAAGCAAGAUAUAACGAAUCGAAAAGAUCCGAUGAAAUGUUGGCUGAUUAUUAUGACGAAUUAAGCAAUUAUACUCAACAACCGGUAAGGACUAUUCUGGAUGUUGAAUUUUUGUACAACGUACUCGAAAUCGAAGCUGAACAUGGAUUAGAACUUCCACAAUGGACGAAAAAAUAUUUUAAUGAAAAAAUGAGAAACCUUGCUGCACGUUCCAUUGCAUUGCUCACGAGUAACACUUUGUUGAAACGUUUAUACGGAGGACCAUUAUUGAAAGAAGUUGUUAAUAAGAUGCAAGAAAAAAUAAUAAGAGAAAAUUCAAGAAGGGCGUACUUCUAUUCCGUUCACGACAUAACAAUGGUUAAUGUUUUAAGAACAAUGGGUUUCACAAACGAAUGGUUCCUUCCAGAAUACGGUGCCACCCUAAUUUUCGAAUUGCAUUCGUAUUAUAACGAAGAUCGAGAAGUCAAGGUGUCUUAUUUGAAUAAUUCAGAAACGAUUAAGCCGCAUCCUAUGGAAAUACCUAAUUGCAAGAAACCCUGUUUGUUGUCGAAUUUAUUGCACAUUUGGAAAGAAGUACUUCCUGAAAAUUGGGAGGAAGAAUGUUUAAUUAUAUUGUCAAUCGUCAAUAUGUUCAGUUGGCUCAGUCGAGAUGAAAAUGGCAAACAAGAUCUCUUUGAGAAUGUUACCGAAGGUCUUAAAAAAAUAUAUAGAGCUAAAUUGUUACCCUUGGAACAACAUUAUCAAUUCCAUGACUUUCAUUCGCCUCAAUUGGAUGAUCCAGAUUUUGAUGCAAAACCUAUGAUCCUUUUGGUAGGACAAUAUUCUACUGGGAAAACAACUUUUAUUAAAUAUUUGUUGGAACGUGAAUUUCCUGGAAUAAGAAUUGGUCCAGAACCAACAACGGAUCGUUUCAUUGCUGUUAUGUAUGAUGAAAAGGAAGGUGUUAUUCCUGGAAAUGCUUUAGUUGUUGAUCCGAAUAAACAAUUUAGACCACUUUCAAAAUUCGGUAAUGCAUUCCUCAAUAGAUUUCAAUGUUCUACUGUUUCAUCUCCAGUUCUCAAAGGAAUAUCUAUUGUUGAUACGCCUGGAAUUCUUUCCGGAGAGAAACAACGAGUAGAUCGAGGUUACGAUUUCACCGGUGUCUUAGAAUGGUUUGCAGAGAGAGUAGACAGAAUUAUAUUAUUAUUUGAUGCGCAUAAACUCGAUAUUUCAGAUGAAUUUAGAAGAUCUAUAGAAGCCCUUAGAGGCCACGACGAUAAAAUUAGAAUUGUUCUUAAUAAAGCAGAUAUGAUAGAUCAUCAACAACUUAUGAGAGUAUAUGGUGCACUUAUGUGGUCUUUAGGAAAAGUUUUACAAACUCCUGAAGUUGCUAGGGUUUAUAUUGGUUCAUUUUGGGAUCAACCAUUAAGAUAUGAUGUUAAUAGACGAUUAUUCGAAGACGAAGAACAAGAUUUAUUUAGAGAUAUGCAAUCGUUACCAAGAAAUGCUGCAUUAAGAAAACUUAACGAUUUAAUCAAACGAGCACGAUUAGCAAAGGUACAUGCAUACAUAAUCAGUGCAUUGAGAAAAGAUAUGCCAAGUAUGUUUGGUAAAGAUUCGAAAAAGAAAGAACUUAUAAAAAAUUUAGGUCAAAUUUAUGAUCAAAUUCAACGAGAACAACAAAUUUCUCCUGGAGAUUUUCCAAACCUUAAGAAAAUGCAGGAAUCUUUAAUGCAUCAUGACUUUAGUAAAUUUAAUCCAAUAAAAACAAAAUUAUUGGAAGUAGUAGAUAAAAUGCUUGCGGAAGAUAUUGCUAAAUUAAUGGCUAUGAUUCCUCACGAAGAAGUAGCCACUACAUCAGAGCCAUUAAUUAAAGGUGGUGCAUUUGAAGGUGUGGAAGAUCAGAUUAGUCCAUUUGGAUACAAAAGAGGUGAAGGUAUAGAUGCAGGUGCAGGUGAACCCGAAUGGAUUGUUAAUAAAGAUAGAUAUAAAUAUGAUAGUAUUUUUGAAACCCUUGGUCCAACUGACGGAAAGAUAACAGGAGCAGCUGCUAAAUCUGAAAUGAUUAAGUCCAAAUUACCGAAUAGUAUGUUAGGAAAAAUUUGGAAAUUAUCCGACAUUGAUAAAGAUGGACUUUUGGACUCGGAUGAAUUUGCUUUGGCAAUGCAUUUAAUUAACGUUAAAUUAGAAGGUUACGACCUUCCAGCGGAACUUCCUGAUCAUUUAAUACCACCUUCUAAACGAGAUAUUUAAAUUAUGAUCAAAUUAUAAACGGCACUUUACUGAUUAUUGUGCUUGCUUCUCGAUGAUUAUAAAGAAUAUUUACAUACUUGUAAAAAGAUGUGAUACAGAGCUUAACUGCAAAUGGCAAUACACAAGACGAUAACUGAGAUUUGUCAGUAUGUAUCGAAGAUAAUAAAAUAGGAAAUAAUAAUAAAUUAUUUCUAAUUAAAUAUGAGAGCAUAAUAUAAACGAAAAUUGUCAUCAAAUAAUUAUAAUGAAAGUAAAAUGUAUAUACAAUACAUGUACAUACAUUUUAUGUAUAUACAUACAAAUAUAUAUAUAUAUAUAUACAUAAAAAAUGACAGAAACACAUACAAUUACAUCUAAUUUUUACAAAUGAUAUUGUAAAAUUUCAAAAUUUUGAGUUUCUAAAAUUUCUACAUUUCUAAAUGCUCUGUUGAAUAAUUUCUUAUAAUCAUAUAGUCAUAUCUUCGAAAUGCAUAAUAAUUUAAAGU